AUGCCGUCAGCAUCUCCAUUUCCUGCUUCCACAACCACCGCAGGCGAGGGCCGCGUGGUUGCCAAACUCCUACCCACGGGCGUCUCUGGCAUCGAGAAGCUCGCAUACAGAUACCCACUCAAACUCAUCACGCCACCGCGACCCACGGACCGACAGAGUGUGCUCAUAUUUCUCCUGUCCUACGGCGGCGGCCUCGUGGCCGGCGACCAGGUCGUGCUGGACAUUGACGUGCAGGCCGGCGCGAGGGUCAGCAUCGUGACGCAGGGGUACACAAAGGUAUUCAAGUCGCCGAGCCGCGACGUCGUGACCCGCCAGGAGCUGCGGGUCCGCAUCGCCGACGACGCCGCCCUCUGCCUGCUGCCCGACCCCGUCCAGCCCUUUGCCGACAGCGUGUACGAGCAGGCCCAGACCUUCCGACUGGCCACUCUUCGCUCGUCCCUGUGCAUGCUGGAUUGGGUCUCACAGGGCAGGGCCGCGCUCGGCGAGGAGUGGGAUUUCAAGCGCUGGGCAGGCCGGAACGAGGUCUGGGCCUGCGCUGCCGGCGGUGCUGACAAGGAUGAAAACGACAGGCUGCUGGUGCGGGACGCCAUCGUGCUCGACCACGACGGCGCGGGAAAGUACGCCGAGUCCCUGAGGGCGUCGAUGCAGGGCAACGGCGUCUUUGGCACCCUGAUACUUCGGGGCCCGCUCAUGGGCCAGCUCGGGGAGUUCUUCCUGUCCGAGUUCGCCGCGCUUCCGAGGCUCGGGGCCCGGGAUUUCAGGACGCCCGAGGCGGUCGCCAAGGCGGCCAAGGCCGGGCCCGCGAAAUCGCAGCUGGAGAAGUGGCGUGCCGCGAGGCUGGACAUGGAGCGGAGGCACAAAGUGCUCUGGUCCGCGGCCAACGUGAGGGGUUGCGUCACCGUCAAGUUUGGUGCAGCCGAGGUUGAGGGUGCUAGAGAAUGGAUCGGCAGCAUGCUAGAGCAGGAUGGGAGCGUGAUUGAGCAUUUUGGAGCGCACGCAUUGCUAUGUCUCCGUUGA